UCUAACAAAUACUUGUGAACGAGUAUAGUUUGUUGUAUUUUGUUGAAAGAAUUUUGCGAAAAUUUUAAUUUUUGUAAUAAUAAAACGAAAUUGUAUAAAUAUGUGUCGUCUGUUGUUGUCCAAUCUGAAACUAAACUUUUGCUAAACAAUGUCCCUAACAUUUUAAAUUCAAUCAAGAAAAGAUUUCGCAAAAAAUUGCCCAUCCUUUUGUGAAAAAGCAGAAAGAAAAAAGUGCAAUGAAAAUUUUUCACGGUUACCAGAAUACAAGAAAAAAUCAAAAUUUACCAAGAAAAAUAUAAAAGUGAAAAAAUAACAAGUUGAAUCAUAAUAAAAUUUGAAUAUUUUUUAUUAAAUUAUCGUUUUUAUACGGAUCAGAAUUUUUUUGGUUGGUUUUGAAUAAAAUAUGCAGAGAUGGCGUCGUCUAUGCUAACAGCAGCAGCAGCAGAGGUGUCAGGUUCAGCCUCAAAAGAGGUUGAUGUGGAUGAGACAUUAAAAUCUGCUUUACAUGCUUGCGCCAAUGAUCCUGACUUUGCUAUUAUAUGUGAUUUUCUACAGAAGUUUUCAAACGAUUUGGGUCUAGAUUUGCCCAACUUUAAAUUAUUAAUGCAAUGGUUGACUAGAACAGAUGAAGUUUCGCCCCAACUAAGAGAAAUGCAAAUAAAACUUUUAAGAAAAACCCGUAAAACAGUACAUGAGAAAAGUUGGGAAUCUGCUCUCAGUAAGUUUUGUUUCACCUAUUCAGCCCAUGAUGCUUGGGAAGUAGAACGUUUUGGUUACAAAAAUGCCAGCGUUAAAGUUAAACUUCGUAUUUUAAGGGAACUGCUUGAAUGUCAAUUUGAGCGUAAUACAAAAUUUCGUGCUAAAAUUUUGACACUUAGUGCUGAUUCGUUAAGAUCACAACCAAUAGGACGUGAUAGUCUUGGUCAUGCCUAUUGGGUGACCCAAGAUAACGACUGCAACAUCCGCAUUUAUCAAGAGCAUUUGGAUGAAGAAAUAUGGCAGGUGGUAGCUACAAAUCGUGAUGAAUUCGUUAAUUUAAUAAAACGCCUAAGGGGUAGUGAAGUUGUUUUGCCAAGUGCCGAUAUCGGGGUAGUUGAUGAGGAUACAUCCAGCAGUAGCAGCAGUCGUAUUGACACCAAACCAGAGCAAAAACCUCCUCCACCCGAAGAAGAGGAGGAUUCGCAGGAAGAUGAACAAAAAGUUCCGAAACUAAGUAUUAAACUUUUACAUGGUAAGGGUUUGAAAGAGGAUGUCGGUAAAGGGGAGGAAGAGUUAGCGGCAGAGGAAGAUGCAAAGCAACAGAAAAAGUCCAACAAUCCAGCGGAGGCUAAUGAUAGUGGCGAAGAAGAAUUUGAAGAGGUCGAAGAAGAAUAUGAAGACGAAAGUGAAAGCGAAGGUGAGACAGAGGACGAGGAGGAUGAGGAUGACAUUGAAGAGGAUAAUAAAAGCACAAAGAAAAAGGACAAUGAAUUAGAACAAAAGUUGGUAAAAGAUCCCAAAGUAAAAGAUGAAAAUAAAAAAGUCAAGCCUUUAUUAAUAUCUCAAAAUAAAGUACUCAAUAAUGAAAGCAAUACAACAUCCACCAUUAACACUGGUAAAAAACGAGCCUUAGACCAAGUAGACGCCAAUUCUCCGCCACGAAAUGAAGGGCAACAAGCCAGUGCACUAAAAAAUCGGCCAUCUUUAAUGGAUUCCAAGCGUUCUACAACUUUAAACAAAUAUGAAAAUAGCGAGGAAAUGGGUGAAGAAGACUAUGACGAAGAAACGGACGAGGAAGAUGCUGAUGUUGAGGAGGAAAUAGAAGAGGAAGAUAUUGAUUCCGUAGCAGCCGAAGAAGAUGAAAAUGAGGAGAAACUAUUUGAGGAUUAUGACGAUGAUGAGGAAGAUAAUGAAGUGGGUGAGGAAAUAAGCGACCCUGUUGUGCGUGUGACUGGUGAGGGAUCUGGUAAGGAUUGCGAUGUUGGUAACUAUUUAUAUUAUUUCGACUACGACCUAAAUGAUCAUGAAGAAAAUGGUUACGAUCUAAGCGAAGAAAUUGUUGAAGAUGUGUUUUACGUUUGGGGAGAAGGUAGUGGCAAAGAGUGUUUAGUGGGAAAUAAAAAUAAUGAUGAUGGGAGCCCUACAAAGACAGCCACAAAAAAUGAUGCAGAGUUAUUAAAAACCAAUAUGGAAGCUAAAUCCGAGACAGAAUUGGAAAAAUCUACCCCAGAAGAAGAAAAUAAAACAACUUUCAUAUUAAGUCCUAAAAAAACGGUUCCUAAAGAUGAUGUUCCUUCUGCGGAUACAACAAAAUUGGCGGAAACUUUAGAGGACAAAACCCUUAAGCCUGCAGAGAGCUCAGAAGAAAAACCUAAGGAAAAUGAGAAUCAAGUGAAACCUACUGAAGAGAAAAGCCAAAUUAAUGGCGAAGACAAAUCUAAAGAACCAGGUAGCAAAACCGAAGCAAUAGACGAAAAACAACCAAAUCCAAUAGAAACUGCAAAUAAAUUGUCAGUGUCUAAAGAUAAUCAAAAACAGCCAGAGUUAAAACCUAAUAUAGAACCUCCCUUAAAAGAUAAUCAAAUGUCAAGUAAAAUUACAACAAUUUCAAAGACAGAUUCUACUAAGACAGAUGCAAUAAGUCAACAAGCACAUGCCAGUAAAAUGUCUGCCCUAGAAUCUUUAAAAAAAGAACUUAGAGAAUCUAAACAAAAGAUAUUGGAAAAGAAAUCAAUUGCUUCUAACGAAAGCAGUACCAUUAAGCUUGCAAGUCCAGCUAUUUAUAACCGCAAGAGGCGUCUGACAGAUCAACUACAAACAAUACCUACAAAACCGCCAAAUUCUGAAAGCGAAGUAGAUUUAAAUUCCGAAAAUCCAGAAGAUAUGGCCAACGAUCAAGAGUUAGGACUGGAAGAUGAUGAUGUAGAUGUAGGCGGCAAAAGACUGAAGAUGCGUCCUAAACAAACCAAUACUGAACUAAGGAAGAAAAUAGAGGCUCAAAAGGUAGCGGCCAAUGAUGAAACAACCUCAUCAAGCGGUGGCGAAGAAGAACUCAGGAGACGAAAAAAGAUAAUACUGUCUAAACAAACUGCUACAGCACUAAAAACUGAAGAAAAAUCUGCAACUAUGGAAUCCAUCAAAGAUAAUAAUACAGCAAAUGAUAAUCAAGCGCUUGCAAAAAUCUGUGAAAAGUCUAGUAAUUCAACUAUUAACCAACAGCAAACUCCCAUCAAAAAACCCACACAAAUUACACCCACCAAAGUUAAACCAACUUUAGCAGAGAUAAUAGAGAAAAAGUUAAAAAAGACGCCAGAAAAAAAUGACAAUGAUACAACUGCCACCACGGCAAAAACUCUAUUUCCUUCUCCCAAUAAAAGUCCCAUUACAAAACCGCUAAAAAAGAAUUUGUUAACUCAAAUAAGACAAGAAGAAAGUGAUGAAGAUGCUGUACCCCGAAAACGUACAAAUAGUCAAGAUUUAAAUUCACAAAUUUCAAGUGAUAUCAAAAUAAUGGAGACCACAACCACUGAAGAUAGCAAAGACUCAAAAGCCAUUGUUGCGAAAAUUGUAACUGAAAAACCAAGAACCACACCGGAACGACAACGAAAGCGUCGCAGCAGUGAAGAAACAGUACAACAUGACAGUCCGGAAGAACCAGAAGCCAAAAAAGAAGUUACUACAAUUGCUAAAGACAAGGAAGAUUCUGUAAAUCGCGAUAAACCUACAGAAACUAUCAAGGAAGAGGAAAUCGUUUCAGAUUCAAAGGAUGUUGAAUUUAAGAAAGAGUCUUCAACACCUGUUUCUGGCAGACGCUCUGGAAGACGAAGUGGUGCAGCUCCCAUAUACGUAGAGAAUCUACAGACUAAACGAAAUAGAGGUGCGGGAAAAAAUUCAACAAAAAAGGAUUUAAACGAUUGUGAUAAAGUUGAGGCAAUUAAAGAAGAAGAACCCCCAAGCAAGGAGACUAAAAUAACCAAUUCAAAACAGGAUGUUAAAGAGAAAAAAAUUGCGGAUAAAGCACCAAAUGACAAAAAUAAGUCAUGCUCUACCGAAAAUGUCAAAGAAGAGAUUGAAACUAAAACUGUUCAAACCCCAACAAAAUCUGAAACUGGAAAACAGAAAUCAAGUCCAACAACAAAAACACCAGCCAAAGGAGUCCGCAAACAACGUGAUGUCGAUACUACUAACAUUAUCGAUGUAGACAGUGAAACUCCUGUAAGGCAGUCACGACGAAUAGCCCAACAAAAGAUACGAGAAGAAGCAGAGCGCCGUAAACUUGAAGAAAUUGCACUGAGAACUAUGAAACAAGAGCUAAAAAAGAAGAAAAAAGCAGAAAAGCAAGCUGAUCCCACAGUUGUGCCACCUACUGAACCAUCUUCUGAGUCUGAAGAUAGUGAUGUGGAAACAAAGAAAAAAGUACAAAAGAAAAAAUGUCCGGGAAAGAAUGGCAAUUGGUCGUCUGGUUCGGAGGAACAAGAAGAACCGGAUGAAGAGGAUGAGGAGCCACCACAUUAUGAAACCGAUCCUGGUUCACCACUUUUUAAGUCGGAUCAUGAAUUUUCACCCGAAUCAGAUAUAGAAGAUGAAUCUCAGGUAGUGCCAAUGAAAAGGGCACGUACUGUUCGCAAAGAAGACGCAGACGAAGAUCCUGAAGAAGAGGAAGCCUGCCAAAAGUGCAAUAAAUCAGACCAUCCUGAAUGGAUUCUACUGUGUGACAACUGUGACAAAGGCUAUCAUUGUUCCUGUCUAUCUCCAGUUCUGUUCUACAUUCCUGAGGGUGAUUGGUAUUGUCCUCCUUGUCAGCAAGAACAACUUAUUAAAGCCUUAGAGAAUCAAUUGAAAGAGUUUGACGAUUUGGUUGAAAAUAAAAAGAAAGAAGAAGAGCAAGUUAAACGUUUAGCAGAGGAAGAAAAAGCUCGUCAAGAAAAGGAGGAGGAAAGUAAGAAAUAUAAAAACAAGAAAGGACGAAAAACAAAUGCAAAGCGUAACAAAGGAAACUCUAGUGCUGAAGAUCAAUCACAGGAUGAAAACGAUGACGACGAAACAAGUACAAAUUCCGAUGACAGCUUAGAUAGCGCUAAAAAGAAGAAAUCUAACAAAACGAAAAAUAAAAACCGCUCGAAAAACAGUGACAAACGUAAUCACCGUGAUCGACGACAUAAUGCUAUUCGUAGUAGACGAAGUCGCCAGCAUAAACGUGGCAGUGACUCGGACAGUGAUUCCCAGAACUCCAACAAGUCCAAGAGUGAAAGUAAUUCUUCUUCCUCGUCAUCUACUUACUCGGAAAGUGACAAUGAACCCAUAUACAAAUUACGCAAGCGAAGACAAAUAAAUGUGAGUUAUCGUCUCAACGAGUAUGACGAUCUCAUCAAUUCAGCGCUCAAAAAAGAAAUGGAUGAAGCAGCCGGUGCUGGUAAUUUGGGGCGUGGAAAAGAUAUUUCUACAAUAAUUGAAGCCGAUAAGGAGGAAAAGGCCCGUCAAAAAGAAAUUGAAGAUGGUGAUGAAGAGGCAGAUGUAAAACCCAAAGAGGAAGAGGGAAAAGUUAAUGAAGUUGAUGUCAAAGAAACAAAAGAGGAGAAUUCCAUAAAGACUGAACCCAAAGAAACAACUAAGGAAGAGAAAAAAGAAAUUAUAAAUAAAGAAGAUGAUGAUGACAGUGAUGCCGAACCUAUUAUGCGUAAGUUUAAUAUCAAACCAUCGCAGAAGAAAAAAUCUCGUAAACUUACUACUCUGGAUAUAAGUUCCGAAGAUGACAAUGCCUCGGAUGAGGAUUUUAAAGGCUCCUCAUUGGAUGAUGAAGAUGAAGAGGAUACCUCAAUUUCAGCUUCAAACAGUGAUUCCAGUCUUGAGAUCUACAAACGCCAUGGCAAAUCGAAGAAAAAACGCCGCAAGGCAGCUCGUAGAGCUUUCCGUGAACGCCGAAAAGAUAGAAGGUUUGUCGUGGAUGAAAGCGAUGAUGAAGACGUGCAACGUCCAAAAUCGAAAAAGAAACGAAAAGAUGACUCGGACUAUACAGAAAGCGAAGGGGAUGACGAUAUUUCUGAACUAUCGGAAAAUAUCGAUAGCGCUGAUUUGUGCGAUGACACCACAACUGAUGAAUCCGAUGGUAACUGGAGGCCCAACAAACGAAAGAAAGCUAAAAAGUCCUCCAAUACAUUUGCGCCAAAAAUUGCCCAACCCAAGAGUACGCAUGUCAAAAAACCCAAGAAAGUCGAAUACUCAGAUGAUGAUGUUAGCGAGUCGGAAGAAGAUGAGGAUGACGACGAUGAUAAUGACAACAUUGGAUCUGGAAAGGGUAUGGGUAAACAGCCACGUUCUCAGCCACUUAAAACAACUUCCAGUUCGUCAAAAACUAAGGGCAAAGGCAAAGAAAAACCACCAACAAAAACGAAGAAGAAAAAGAAGUCAUCAGAAGAUGAUGACGUCAGCCAGUCUGAUAGUGAAGACAGUACACGACGCACGAGAGGCCGUCGCUAUGCUUACAUUGAGGAUUUCGAUGAUGACAGUUCGGAUGGUGGCAUUAAGCCCGGUGUCCAAAGGCCUGACACACCACCCGAAGAGCGAGAGAAGUUCAUAAAACGCCAAGAGGAAAUAAAACGUAUGUUGGCUGAAAAGAAUGCUGAAGGUGCAAAACUUGUAGCUACACCACGAUUAACUCCCAUUAAAACUGAUGCCGAUAAAGAUAAACGUUCUCCUACAAAGACCGCAGGAGGAGAUUCUCUGUCAACAGUGCCCUUGUCGGUUAUACGACAAGCCAAGGUCCUUGACAUCGACUACUUACAACGACGUGGAGAAAAUCUAGACGAUUUAACUGCAGAUGUAGGUGACGUUGAUGAUUUUGAUGAUGCCGAUCUUCCCGACGAUUUGCCCGAAGAUAUGGACGAAGAUGCUAUUGCUCGUAUGGUGGAGGAGGAAGAAGAAUUUGGUGGAGCGGUUGCUAGAGAUCUACCAACACCAGAUGAGGUCUUAAAAACACCUACUAUUGUUAAGCCCGUUAAAACUAAGGAUGUAGAAAAACCACUGUUGCCAGCCACGGUGGCUUCGCCUUUUCCCACUAACAGUCCUCACCAGUCAACACCAGCAACAUUAGCAACACCAACCGCCUCUGGACUUCAAGAGCCUGUGAGAAAGAGACUACCAAUGCCAACAAUGCAUCCUCCAUUACUACGUCACCAAUAUUUGAUGCAAGAAUCCAUGUCAAACACUCAUCACUUAAUGCAACGUCACGGUGGACCACCAACUACAUCUCAUCUUUUACAAAAUGCUCUUUCAGCUCCCUUAACUCAACCUUUGGAUCGAAAUUAUCCUGGAACGCCCUCUCCCUCACAUCAUUCUCUAAUUAAUAGAAUGAUCCACAAUAUUCCUUUGCAACCGACAAUUUCACAAGCUUUAGGAACAGCUAGACCUCCUCCUCAAUCACUACCACCACAGUCAUCCUCGAUCCUUGCGAAAUCAUCCCCUCUGCUCGGUCAGCCAGCGCAGGACAAAUCGACAAAUCCUCAACCAGUAACUGAAAACAAACCAAGAGGACGGCGGAAAAAAAUUACACCUCUAAGAGACACUCUACAGAAACAGCAAACUGCUGCGGCCGUUACAGCAGCAACUGCAACAAAUGCCGCUUUGACUUCAGCAACAGCCAAGAACAGUGAUACAAUGGGUACUGCUGGCACUUCGCCUCUGCCUCCAAGUGUAAUUAAAAGUGGUUCGCCGUCAAAGCUACCAAUGCAAGCUAGUGUCAUAACCAGUAUGCCACCAACAUCACAUACAGUUACUAGCAGACCGGGGGUGAAUAUACCACCAAUAAGUGGCGCUUAUGUAAGAGCUGAGGGUCCCAGAUUUUACGAUUUACCAGGCAAUCGAAUGCCACAAGUUGGAGUUCCACGUCAUCGGGGACCUCCUCAGAUGCCACCAAGCCUAUUACCACCACACCCUGCCAAUCGAUCAUCAUACGGUCCACCGCCACCUCUAAAGGGUUCAAGUUCAGGACCUUCUGCUAACCCAACAUCUUCAUCAAACACACCAGGUUCAAUAAGAAAUCCUAUGCAUCACGUGCCACCACCAUAUCUGGGAAUGCCACCUAAUGCUCGUCAUGCACCACCACCACAUCUUAAUAUGUACAGUAGGGCACCUAUGUAUGGCAAUCCUAAUUUUGGACCGCGUAUGAAUUUAAGGCCUCCAAUGCAUGCGCCCGAGUACUCGACUGGUUCGCGUGCCUACCCACCAUAUGGCUUCUAUCCACCACCACCGCCUUUAACAACACCACCUGGACAACGUUCUGGUUCGGGCAGUGCUCCACGACCUCCCACACAAAUACCUCCUAUUUCAGUAGCACAAACACAACCUCCUGCUUCAGUUAUAGUAUCUGCUGCAACUGCUAAACCUACGAAUACACCAACGGCAACACCACAGCCUACCCCUCCACCUACCCCCGAAAUAACUGAACAUGGCUCCAGUGGCAAGCCAGUCGCAAUAGGACAUGAUUCACCCAUCAAAACUGCUCCUCCAAAAUCGUCGUCAUCACCAAAACCCGUCGUAGCAUCACAAACUGAAAAAUCCAUAAUUGCAGCAGUGCCGGUGGCUGAGCCACGCAAAAAACUGACUACCCUGCAAGCCUACACCACAAGUACUGAUAAGAAGUCACCAGUACAACCGACCGGUGAUUCCUCCGGAUCACAAAGUUCACCAGCACCCACAACAGAAGUCAACGAUGAUUCCUCAACUCCUGGUCCUACAGAUAAUGCACCAACAAGCGAACAAACAUCGGUUCCCGAUGGCCAAGCUAGUGAAUUUAGCGGUCUAGUUAGCUAUUUCAGUUCACAACAUGAUGAUUAUAACACAUAACAUUUAUAAGAAUCUUCAAUUUAAAAUGUUUCCUUUACUAAAUCUCAUGUAUAUACUAUAAACCAUUCAUAUAUACUACAUACAUAUGUAUGUAUUUAUUUAUAUAUUCAUUAUAUACAUAUAUUUAUUUUUAAUUUGAUUUAACAUUAAUAUUGUAUUUUACUUUAAAUAGCAAAACAAAGCUUUAGAUGGUGGUACCCGACUUAGAAUUAAAAUCCUCUUCAUGUAUGUAGUUAUUAGUCUCGGGAGGUACAUAUUUGCUAAAAUCGCUAAACGCUCAAGUGAUUUUGUUAGAGUGUCUAUAAUACGUUUUUAAUAUAAAUUGUUUAAAUUUGUAAUAUUAGUGAAAACAGAAUGCUACUCUUGCGUGUUUCUUAAUAUUUAAAAAAAAUCUUUAUUGAAAAUUAAAUUAUUUAAUAAACAUUAUUAAAUAGACCUUUUUCUAUAAUUACUGUAGCACUCAAUUACAACACUUAAUUUAUUCCAUUAACAAAAAUCUUUAAUUUUAGUCAUACUUAAACUUUUUUAUUUCAACUAACUAAUAAUUUUAAAAUAAAAUAGUUAUUUUUUAUUUAUGUUUAUAUUUAUUAUAUAGAAAUCUUGUAUUAUGUGUUUAUUACUUGUCUAUAUCUAUCAUUUCAGUUUUUUUCAUACACAUGUACUUCGUAAAUUUACGAAUAAAUAAUACACAACCACACA